UGCCCUUUCCCCUCCCCUCAUCCCCUUCCGGGUCAGCGCAGCUGAGGCGGCCGCUGGUGUCCCCCUUCCCCUCCCCCACGGCCUGAGGGCCUCGCGGGUUGGCCGCCGGCGGUCGGGUGAGCGGCGCCGCGACCAUGACGUCCAUCAUCAAGCUGACCACCCUGUCCGGGGUGCAGGAGGAGUCCGCGCUCUGCUACCUGCUGCAGGUCGACGAGUUCCGCUUCCUCCUGGACUGCGGCUGGGACGAGAACUUCUCAAUGGACAUCAUCGACUCCCUCAGGAAACACGUACACCAAGUUGAUGCAGUGCUACUUUCUCACCCCGAUCCUCUGCAUCUUGGUGCUCUUCCAUAUGCAGUUGGGAAGAUGGGUUUAAAUUGUGCUAUCUAUGCAACUAUUCCUGUAUAUAAAAUGGGCCAGAUGUUUAUGUAUGAUCUCUAUCAGUCUCGCCACAAUACAGAAGAUUUCACCCUCUUUACACUGGAUGAUGUAGAUGCAGCCUUUGAUAAAAUUCAGCAACUAAAGUUCUCUCAGAUAGUGAACUUGAAAGGCAAAGGUCAUGGUCUGUCCAUCACACCAUUGCCAGCUGGCCACAUGAUAGGAGGAACCAUUUGGAAGAUUGUCAAAGAUGGAGAAGAGGAAAUUGUUUAUGCUGUUGACUUCAACCACAAGAGGGAGAUACAUCUGAAUGGUUGCUCCCUGGAGAUGUUGAGUAGGCCUUCACUGCUUAUCACGGACUCCUUUAAUGCUACAUAUGUACAACCCAGACGGAAGCAAAGAGAUGAACAAUUGCUAACUAAUGUCUUGGAAACAUUGCGGGGUGAUGGAAACGUGCUAAUAGCUGUGGAUACAGCUGGCAGAGUUCUGGAACUUGCCCAACUUCUUGAUCAAAUUUGGAGAACAAAAGAUGCAGGAUUAGGAGUUUACUCUCUAGCACUUCUGAAUAAUGUCAGCUAUAAUGUAGUGGAGUUUUCUAAAUCACAGGUUGAAUGGAUGAGUGACAAAUUGAUGAGAUGUUUUGAAGACAAGAGAAAUAAUCCGUUCCAGUUCCGUCAUCUCUCUUUAUGUCAUAGUCUUUCUGAUCUGACUCGAGUGCCAAGUCCAAAAGUCGUGCUUGCUAGCCAGCCUGAUCUGGAAUGUGGGUUUUCAAGAGAUCUCUUUAUCCAAUGGUGUCAGGAUUCCAAAAACUCUAUCAUUUUAACUUACAGAACAACUCCAGGGACCCUAGCACGAUUCUUGAUAGAUAAUCCUUCUGAAAAAGUUAUAGAUAUUGAGCUGAGGAAACGUGUUAAACUUGAAGGGAAGGAACUCGAGGAGUAUCUAGAAAAGGAGAAGCUAAAGAAAGAAGCAGCUAAAAAAUUAGAACAGUCCAAAGAGGCAGAUAUUGAUUCCAGUGAUGAAAGUGAUGUUGAAGAGGAUAUUGAUCAGCCAUCUGUACAUAAAACCAAACAUGAUUUGAUGAUGAAGGGUGAAGGUAGCCGGAAAGGAAGCUUCUUCAAACAGGCCAAGAAGUCCUAUCCUAUGUUUCCAGCCCCAGAAGAGAGAAUUAAAUGGGAUGAAUAUGGAGAGAUUAUUAAGCCUGAAGAUUUCCUAGUUCCAGAGCUUCAAGCAACAGAAGAGGAGAAAAGCAAAUUAGAAUCUGGUCUGACAAAUGGAGAUGAGCCAAUGGACCAGGAUCUGUCAGAUGUUCCUACCAAAUGUAUUUCAGCAACAGAAUCGAUGGAAAUAAAAGCCAGAGUUACAUACAUAGAUUAUGAAGGACGCUCAGAUGGAGAUUCCAUUAAAAAAAUCAUUAACCAAAUGAAACCACGACAGUUGGUCAUUGUCCAUGGACCACCUGAGGCCAGUCAAGACCUUGCAGAGUCCUGCAGAGCUUUUGGUGGGAAAGACAUUAAAGUUUAUAUGCCCAAACUUCAUGAGACAGUAGAUGCGACCAGUGAGACUCACAUCUAUCAGGUCAGGCUAAAGGAUUCUCUAGUCAGUUCCCUUCAGUUCUGUAAAGCUAAAGAUGCUGAACUGGCUUGGAUAGAUGGCGUUCUGGACAUGCGAGUUUCAAAAGUGGAUACGGGGGUCAUUUUGGAAGAAGGGGAGCUGAGGGAAGAUGAAGACAUGGAAAUGCAAGUGGAUAUGCCUUCUUCAGACUCCAGUGCUAUUGCACAGCAAAAAGCCAUGAAGAGUUUGUUUGGUGAUGAUGAUAAAGAAAUGUGUGAGGAGAGUGAGAUCAUUCCUACAUUGGAACCACUGCCCCCACAUGAGGUUCUUGGACAUCAAUCUGUGUUCAUGAAUGAGCCAAGGCUGUCAGACUUCAAGCAAGUUCUUCUGCGAGAAGGAAUUCAAGCUGAAUUUGUCGGCGGUGUUCUUGUAUGCAACAACCUAGUGGCUGUUCGCAGGACUGAAACUGGGCGCAUUGGAUUGGAAGGCUGUCUCUGCCAGGACUUCUAUAGAAUAAGAGACCUUUUAUAUGAGCAGUAUGCAAUUGUUUAAAAGUUGCGCUACGAAGAUGUCUUUACUUGAACCUUAAAAGAGAAUGUGGAUUUCUACCAUUUUAUUUUUAUGGCUUUCUUUUUGUAGCUUUUGUAACUUAUACAGAGAAUACUAAUUCUUAAGAGAAAUUCCCCAUCCAAAAGCAGUAAACUAAUCUAAACAGGGAAGUAACUGAUAUCACAGCUGUAUGGUACAUUCCAUGUUGUUAGCUUUCAAACUGUUAAGAUUACUGUUACUAAUGCCACUUUUUGUAUAUUUUUAGUUGUUUGGCGGUGUUUCCUUUCUAAACUUUCUUCCAAGAAGGGUUCAACUGAUCAAACAUGCACUUUGCCAUGAUACAGCGUAUACAGUUUAUGCGUAAGAGUGCAAAAUGUAAAAGAAAUCUGUUUUCCUGUUUUGCAAAUUCAAAGAAGGGAAAAGCAGUUUUCUCAUGUAAAGUUUUGUGAUUCGGGUGAGGAAAGGGGCGAGGUUCCUCUUGUGAACAGGAGAAGCUUUGAUUUAAAGUGAAAUUUUUGGGGCCAUUGAAAAUCAGCCUGCAGCUUAUGGUUACUUUCCCCCAGAGGUUAAUAUGCACCCAUGUUAAUGCUGUAACUGUGUCCUGUUACAGAUGGAUACAGUACCAUACAAGGUGUUGUUGAAUACAGUAUCUUAGUAUACUGGGGCAGAAGCAGCUUUUAAAAUAUUGCCAUAAGGUACUGUAAUACAGAAUAUGAUUUAAAAAAAAUCUGCACAUUUAUUUGCAAAACACGUGCUUUUAAAUUUUCCAGGUACUAUACAGAUGCAUACAAUAUCUAACUUCUAGCUGUUGAAGUAUGUUAUGCCAAUUAUAACACUUUUAUUUAUUUUUUUUCAACAAAAAAUAUCUGUUUUUUGUUAAUUAGGUUUAGUAACGUGAUCUGAGUAUGGGGGAUAGGCCUUUCUUAAAUCCUAAUUCUUCAUUCAUGGGUUUAACUCAUAGGUGCCAGGCUUUAUAAAACUUGUUCUGUUGCUGCAGUGGGAUAUAGUACAGCUAGCAGUGCAAAAAUUGUUAAUGAUGAAUAUAGUCUUGGAUGAUUUCAUUUCUGGAUUGAAAAUGGUGAUGGAAUACAAACAAGGCACUAGCCUGUUCACAGAAUGACAUUAGUUCCAGCAUCUGUUUUUGAUCAGUGUUUGAACUUUUUUUUUUUUUUUUUUAAAACAUAACAUGCCUUAAACUUGUGUUGUACUUUUUUUGUUUAAAAGGAAACCUUUUGCUGAAAUACUGGCAAAAUAUUAGCCCUGUGGGCUGCUGAUGGAACAAUAGUUAGACUGUAAUUUUUUGACUAGUUGGUGUUAUAUGGCUGAUCUGCCUAUUUAUACUGUUUAAAAGUUGGAAAGUUAGAGUGGCUUAAACUGGGAAGAGUGUGUUCAAAAACAAAACUAAACCAAACUCUGGUACUAGCUGUAAAAAUAUAAUGCAUUUUAAAAUCUUAUGUUGAAUAAGAAGAAAUGUAUUUUGCUACGCACAUUCUUUACUUAAGGCAAAUUGCAAAAUUAAUACAAAACUUGUUUCUUUUUUGCUGUAAAAUUUAAGCAGUGCUUCAGAAAAUACUCUUUUUGGUCAUACUGGCCAGUAGAAUUUCCUGUUAACACUUUGAAUCUUCAACACCAAUGUUGUGACACAGUGUAAAUCUAAAUACCUUUCAGAUGGUUGUCAGCAAAUGUCACUGUUAACAUUGUUCUGAUGUUUUUACAAAGUUCAUUUGUCACAUGAGUGAAUUCUUACCUGGGUAAACAGACCAUGGGGCUUUGACUUGGUGCGGGGGGAGUUGCAUCAUGUGCUGCUACACCAUGCUGUGCAAAUUACUAAGACCCCCACUAUAUCUUUGUGGUGGGUUUUGGAUUUCAGCCUCAGGAAAACUUUAAAACACACACACACUUCUCCCUCCCUGUUCACGUUAGUGAAGACGUAUGAAGUUAGAAGUGUAAAUUUGAAAUUAAAAUGUACUUGAAUGCUAAAAACUUAA